AUAAAUUAUCUUGUGAAAUAACAAAAUAAAAUUUUUCAUUUUAUAUAUAUAUAUAUGUAUAUAUUUAAAUUUAAUUUAAAUAAAUUUAAUUUACCAUUAAAUUUAUAUAUGAUUUACAAUUAAAUUUAAAUAAAGGUUAAAUACAUAUGAACUAUAACUUGAUAAUAAAAAAACACUUGAUAAUAAAAAACAUUAUAGAUAAAAUCUUGACUGUUGCUGUGUACUAUAUUUGUUCCUUUAUAUAAAGAUAAGUAAAGUUAUAUAAUAUUAUCAAUAUUGUAAGUGCUUUUUUUAUCAAUAGUUAUAGUAGAAUAUUUAAUUUCGUAAAAAAAAAAUGAACAGUAUGAAUUUAAAAUUUGCUUCCAAUUUAUCUUUUAUGUUCAUUGAGGCACCAUCUAUCAUUGAUAGAUAUAAAUUGGCAAAAGAAGCUGGUUUUAAAGCAGUAGAAAGUGGAUUUCCUUUUGGUUUUUCUAUUGAAGAUGUAUCAAAAGCCAAAAAAAAUGCAGAUAUUGAACAAGUUCUUAUAAAUGUGUAUACAGGUGAUAUUUCUAAAGGAGAAUUAGGAUUUGCAGCAAUACCUGGAGAAGAAGAAAACUUUAAAAAAAGUAUCGAUUUAACAAUAGAAUAUGCAAAUGCUUUAAAUUGUAAACGAAUUCAUGUAAUGUCAGGAAAAGUAAAUCAAAUAACAACUAUUAAUGAUGAUAUUUAUAUAAAGAAUCUUUUAUAUGCAGUAGAGAAAUUUCAAAAAGAGGGAAUUAUUGCACUUAUAGAACCUAUUAAUAAUAUUACUGUGCCAAAUUAUUAUAUGAAUAGUUUUGAAAAGGGCUUAGAUGUGAUAAAGAAGAUAAAUAAAUCAAAUUUAAAAUUACAACUUGAUAUUUUCCAUUUACAACAUAUUUGUGGUAAUAUUACAAAAAACAUCAAGGAACUUUUACCAUAUAUAGGUCAUAUACAAAUUGCUCAAGUACCAGAUAGACAUGAACCUGAUACUUUUGGAGAAAUAGAUUACAAAUAUGUUCUUUCACUUCUAGAAACAGAAGGAUAUAAUGAAUAUAUUGGUUUAGAAUAUUAUCCAAUAUCAUCUUCAAUAAAUGGAUUAAAUUGGAUACAAAAAUAUGGUUAUAAAUUAUAAUAUUCAUUUUAAAAAUAUAUAUUGAAAACUUUUAUUUCUUAUUAUUAUAUGUAUAUGGAAAUGAUAAAUAUCUAUUUUUCAUAAUAAUUAUAUAUAUUUUAUAUUAGAAUUUUUUAUGUUUCUCAUAAUUUAAAUUUACUUUAUAUAUAUAUAUAUAUAUAUAUACAUAAAAAAUUUAAAAAUAAAUAAAUGUGUUAAAAAAAAA